CUAUAGCAAAAUGCCCUACGUCAUAAGUAUGGCGCCAGUUUACAAGUUUGUGGUAACACACAAGUGAGGGAUAGACGCCAAAACAAGUCCAUUAUGCUGUGAUUAAGUCUCUUUCAUCAUACCCUGCUACAGAUUUUAAAGAAGAAGAUAAUUUUUGGAAAAGAAUUUUGUCGCCAGAUCAUAACACUACAUCAUGAUUGAGAGUGUGCAAGCACGGCAACGAGGUGCUUAUGACUUUGAGAGUCACUAUAAUAACCUCUGUGCUCUUCAGGAUUCUGUGCCCCUUCCUGCUGUCAAGGCUCAUUUGUCUUCUGGUGUUUUGGAUAUUAAUGCAGACAGAGUCAGAGCUACAGACUGGAUGCCAGUGCUUAACACAUUGCAGAUCAACAAAAGCUUAGAAUAUGUAGCCGUGCGCAGUUUCUUCCAGCCACAAUCUGACAGUGAUGACAAAAAGUCAUCCAUCAUAAAGCGCAAAACACCUGCAAUCCGGUCAAAGGAAAUAACCUUCCGACUGUGUAAGGCACUUAAAGAGUGCCUUCUUGUGUCCCCAACACUGAGGUAUGUUGAGCUGCAUGGCCUACCACUUAGAGAUGGUGACCUUCAGGCCCUUACUAAGGGUAUCAUGAAAAACACUGUUAUAUCUCAUCUGUCACUGGAAUAUUGUCGCAUUGGGGACAGUGGCUUAGAAAUCUUAUGCAAGGGCGUGAAGAACAGCAGCAACAUAAGCUCCAUCAAUCUCACUGGCUGUAGUCUGUCGGCCCGCGGCGCGGAACUCAUCGCCAAGAUCAUCAAGCAUCAAGGCAUGCGGCGACACACAGAGGCCUGGAGAGACAGCCUCCGCUAUGGCCAGCCUGACUUGGACAAAAUGGCGGGCCUGCGUCGCAUCACCAUCAACAACAACCCGCUCGUCGGCAACCAGGGAGCCCAGGUCUUGGCCGAGGCCCUCAAAGACGACCUCUGGGUGAAAGCACUUGACAUGCAAGCCACAGGUGUAUCCACAGCUGGCGCAAAAGCAUUUCUGGAUGUCCUAAAGUAUAAUACAACUCUCGUUGUUCUUGAUCUUCGUCGAAACCCACUAAUAGAACGGAGCCUCUUGCACUCGGUGAUGGAGCAGCUAAUGAUUAAUUGCAGUGGGCAGGAGACAGAGUAUCAAUGGAUUGAGCCAGAAGAAGAGCAACCUGCCAAGCAGCAAAAACCAAAACGCAGGGCGACUAAAGUACUCAACAAUAGUGCUGGCAGGAAGACUAUAAUCAAGGUCUCACCUGUGAGUGCCAAGCGCUGGUCAAGAUCUGCCAGCACAGUGAGAAUUUCACGGAAGGCCAUCUUGGAGGGCAUGAAGCCCAUACGAGGCUUACCAUGGAGAACAGCAGCACGAGCUAACCGAUUCAGAGGGUUUCCACCUGAACACACACCAUGCAAAACAACAGAUGACAACAGUGAAGAGGACAGCACAUCUGUCCUCAUCACACAUGAAGACAGUUACACUGAAAAGUUGCUGGAUGCUGACAACAAUUUAAAUCGAAAGGAUUCAGCUUCCAUUCUUGCAGAUGUAAAGACACAUGAACAGCUUCGAGAAAUGAGGGUGGAACUGGAACAGCUGCGGCGAUCUGUGGAAAAUGAGAAACUGGCUCGGAUUGAAGCAGAUAAAAGAGUACUGCAUCUCAAGCUGGAGAACAGGAAGCUGCUGGAUGAGCUUCAUUUGCAGCGACUUAAAAACGAGCUGGGAAUGGGGAGUGCUGGGGAGGCUGAGAGACAGAAUGAGAGUGUGUUGGAAAGCAUUGAGGCGUCCUUCAAGAUGUUCCAUUCAUUUUUAGACAUGCUUCAGGAAGCAGGACUAGGGGAGCUCAUCACAAUGGCAGGGCUGGACCAACGCCAAAUGGCCUUUUCCAGCAACAACCCUACUGUUCCUCCAACAUCUGGAGAAACCAGCUCAUCAGCCUUUGCAUCUUUGGCGCAUUCCUUCAAAACUGCAUCAGCAGGAGCACCAGUUUAUGGGAUUGACCCAGAUAAAGAGCCAACUAUUUUGCACACCAGUAUGAAAAUGCCAAGACAGAAAGAGAAUUUACAACCAGUCAUCAAUGCAAAAACAAAUCUAAAAGGAGAAAAUGAGAUUUCUAUGAGCCACAUCAACAAGGAUGCUUACAAGGCAGAGAAACAAGCUGCUGAUAAACUCUAUGAGCGCCUUGUGCAGCACACAAGUGGGGUGUUCUCAAGUAGGGGUGUGAGCAGUACAAGUGGUGGGAGUUCAAGAGUUUUGGGAAGUAUUUCUGCAACCCCUAAAGAAGUUCUAGGAGAAGCUUUGACAGAACGUGCUCCUUCCUUGAGCCCAACACCACAAGAUGACAACUACCACUCUUCCUCAUUAGAACAUCUGACAGUACUGCAGCAAGACCCCACCCUCAUCCAGAACCCAGCCAAACCUGAGAAGAAAGGGGAAGAGACAGAACGACCAGUGCCAACUCCUCGACAUAAAACAUACCAUGGAACUGGAUGGGAGAAAAAAGAUACCGUGGAUUCUAUAGAUGAGACAACAGGAAUUUCUAGUGGCAGAAGGGUUCCUUCUCAUGCUAGUGAAGCCAGCUAUAGCAUGGACAGUUUUGAGCAUUCAUAUGUGACAGAAAAUGGAGAGGUAGUUGUCCUUGGAGAGGAUGACUUACCACACUCACAGUCCCUGAAUCACAGUAGAGAGGAAUUUUGAGCAGUGUAUUGUUUGCUUCGAAAUGAAGCAACAUAUUUUACCUGACUGGUUAGAUAAAUAAUGUCUUAGCAUGUUGGUUCAUUUAUUUUUGGAGGAUCUACUCUGUUAUAUGAAAUAUUUUGUGGACUUUUUUUUUAAUUUUUGUCAUACCAACAAUGCAAAGGUUAUGGGGUUGUUUUUUUUGUAAAGACUGCAAGGCUAAUUGAUUUAGUUGAUCUUUUUAUGUCCUCCUGGGUUUAAUGAUUUUAAUUGUUAAAUUAUGUGACAGCAUAAUUUAACAUGAUUUAUAACAAACCAGAUGCUUUACAGAAUUAUGCUUGAAAUAAACCCAGAUCUCCGAAGUCUUUGCUUGUGAGACAGACUUAAAGAUAUGGGACAUAGUGAGGGAACAUCUUUAAACACAGAUUUUUUUUUAAAAGUCAGUAGCAUGUACAUAGCUUUUGCAUGUAAUACAUCUCACUUGUUUUAACUUAACAUUACAGGGUACGUGCAAAAAGCAGCCAUAUGUCAAGGGUGUGGAAAUGAGAUUUCAAUACCAUUUUCUUAAAAGAGGCAUGUAUGGGAUUUUGAAUGUUUGUUCUCAGGUGAAAGCAUUAGAGGGAGAUGAUGGUACUUGCCAGUCCAGGUGUAUCCGAGGUCACAUUCAAAAAGCCAAAAAAACAUUUUGUAAAUAAUGAGAAACUUGUCGCCAAACAGUCCUCUCAAUUUGUUGGCAAAUGUGAGCCAUCGUGUUUGAAUCAGAUUGGGAUACACUGACGCUAUUCUUUUAAGCAGCUUCGUGUCUGCAUUGUAUAGGCAUAUGAAGUGGGAAAAAGGUAUGAGAAAGGUGUGAGCUUUCCUGUUCUCUUUUUUUUUAUGAGUGGGAAACAUUUUUAUACCACUUUAAGACUGGUUAAUUGAGUUCUCAUGGUAGGCAAAAUACUGGAUGACUGCCUUCUUUUGUAUCAGGGUGGGAUAAUUGCUUUUUUUCCUUUUGAAAGGAUAUUUCAGUCAUUUUCUUUAGUUUUUGGUUUUAUCUAUACAACAAAUAGUAUGCAUUUGUUGCUAUUUAAAGAUUCUUCUCAUCUUCGUGGUACUGGAAUUACUGCUUUCUAGUUCCCUGCCACGAUGGUGUUGCUUUGCUCACACCAUUUCUUUUACAGCUUCCUUCAGCUCCCAUAGAUGUGACAAACUGAGCCCAUGAUUAGGCGAUGGAAGAUCAACUCUUAAUUUAAUGUUGUUUCUAGUCCCAUUGAUCAGUUUGUUUUCUCAUUGUGGUACCAAACAGCCAUUUGUAAUCCAUCAUUAUUUUAAGUCUGAGUGAGUGAAAGAAUGUGUCAUUCUGAUAUGUGGGGUAAAAAAGACUAGAAUUUGUGUACAGCAGACGGAAUGAGUACUCCAGUCAUCUGGAUGCAAAAUUCCUUUUCUGUAAUCUUGUAUGUGUAUUUUUACCUUUUAACCAUGAAUUCAAAGCCUGGAACACUGUGAUAUAGAGCAAUAGAGCUUGUUUUUAACAAGACAAAAUUUGCUGACAGUAAUUUGUAUUCACAGUAGAGUCACACAUUAUGCUUUCUUUCCAAAGAAUCUACUAGUGAGUUUGUCCAUAUAAACCUGUCAACAUUUGUUUUGGUUGCUUUUUAAUGGUUAUUUUCCUCCCAAGUAUUGCUCAACAUGUAAACAUUAGCACCUUGUGGACUCACUUUUAACAGCAGAAAGCUAGUUCUAAUAGACUUGCAGCUUGAGUAUGGCCACUUUUAAAAAGAAAAAUCAAAACAAAAAAAAUAAAGAUAUGGCUGCCUUCUUGUGUGCUACCACAUUAAAAAAAAAAGUUUU